CUUGUUCUAUCGGGAAACCUUGAAAGAAACUGGAGCCUUUUUAGGCAGAAGUUCGAACUGUUUCUCAAGGCGACAACAAUUGGUGGCAAGUCUCGAUCCACGUCUGCAGCUGCCACAUCUGAAGCGGCCACGUCAGCAGUGGUCACCGCUGCUAAGUCGGCAUUGCUGCUCAGUAUUGCUGGAGAAGAGGCCCUGGAAGUAUUCAACAACUUCAAGUUCUUGGAGAAGGAAACCCGCGAGGACUACGACACAGUUGUCAAGAAGUUAGGGGAGUACUGUGCACAACAGCAGAACGAAGUCUACGAGAGGUUCAUCUUCCGGUCCAGGAUGCAGGGCGAAUCAGAGCCGGUCGAGCAUUUUCUUCGGGACCUCGGGAAACAAUCCAGGUAUUGUCACUUCGAAGGGUUAUGUGAUUCCUUGAUUCGCGACCAGAUUGUUUUUGGCACGAAAAGCAAGAAACUGCGAGAAAAGAUGCUGCAUGAAAAAGACUUGACCUUGGCUAAAGCAGAGCAGAUGUGCAAGGCAGCCAAGGCCAGGAAAAUGCAGAAGCACCCGUACAUGGAACUGGGCAACAAAUGCAACCCUGCAGAAAAUGUAAUCGAGUGCACAAGCCGGGAAACUGUCCAGCAUUCGGACGAAUUUGUAACGCCUGCAAAAAGAUAA